AUUCAUGAUUACAGCCAUUUCAAUGAUGAAGUAAACAGGUCUUUGAUUCUCUUCCUUUUUGUCCAGUCCCUGGACAAGUAAUAGGAAAAAUGUUGACAAUUAAGUUAAUGUAACACUCCUCACUCCCUGUCCCUCUAGGAUUUCAAACCUGGGAUCUUCAGUAUCUUUAAGGGUCUUAAAAUUAAUAGUGGGGCAGAAGUGGUGGGGAGGGGUACAAAGAAUUACUUGUGAGCUAUUGUCAAUCUUAUAAAAAAUGCCAAGUACAAACUGAACAUUCUCUUCAUAGAAAGCUAACCUGGCCAAAACAAAGUCUGCCUGCCUUUGGAUUGAAUAUAUGAACUCAAAGGCAACUUACAUAUUAGACGUUCUAACUGGCACUUUUCUGUCCAAAUAACAACAAAAAAUAAGGGGGGAGGCAGCAAAAUAUUGCUUAAAGCAACAACUGACAGACAAAGCUUUCAAAAUUUUAAAGUUUUAAGGAGAAAAUGACAAACUGGUUUUGAAAAAGACUGGAAAACACUAGCAUAAACAAAAUAGGUGAGUCCUAAAAUUACAUUAUGACAUCAUUACCCAAACAAAACCAGUAGCACUUCCUACCAAAUAUGUACCCAUAGUUAUCUGAUAGAAUCUUAAACACAUAAAUUUUCCUGGCAUAACAAAAUACGGUGUAUUGUUUUAGUUGACUCAAACAUUCUCAAUACAUGAUAUAGUAUGGACCACAUCCAAAAAUUCUGACUAAACAAAUAUAAAACUAUAAAUGUCUUAUUGUAUAGUCAUGCCUACUGUGAGUUUACCUAUCUCUUUGCUCUUCAUUUAGGUUAUCAAAACUGUUGUUUUUUCCUCUUGGGCUUUACUCUACUGGCCUCUGAAAGGUCUAUUAGAAUAUCCCUUACUUUUUUCAUUAUGAGAAGUUUACCAACGUGUUUUUAAAAUGUUCAAUCCCCCCUUUUCUGGUGGUGACAACCUCCCCAUGACAAUAUGCCUCUCGCUAAUGAACUCCUUUAUCCCUUUCCAGAAGAGGAGAGGAGGAAACACACUAAGUCCCUGGUGCAGAGCCCCAAUAAUUACUUCAUGGAUGUGAAAUGCCCAAGAUACUUUAAAAUCACCCCUGUCUUUAGCUAUAUACAAACAGUAGUUUUGUGUGUUGGUUGCUCCACUGGUCUCUGUCAGCCUACAAGAGGAAAAGCAAGGCUUACAGAAGGAUAAUCCUUCAGAAGGAAGCAGCAAUAAAAGCACCUCGAAUCAAGAAGAGUGGGGUACCAUCCCAAUGAACACAUUCUGGAU